AUGAUACAGACUGAGGCGCAGGCAGGAGGUCGAUGGCCACGCUUGGUGCAGGCGGCGAUCGACGCUUUCAGCCUGCCCGAUCUCCGGACGAAGAUCCUUUUCACCCUGGCGAUGCUGGCCCUGUACCGGCUGGUCGCCCAUAUUCCCAUACCCGGCCUGGACCUCGCCGCGCUGCAGCAGCUGUUCGAAGGCAACCCGCUCCUGGGCUUCCUGGACCUGUUCUCCGGCGGAGCGCUCAGUCGAAUGAGCAUCGUGGCGCUGGGGGUGUUCCCGUACAUCACGGCGUCCAUCAUCAUGCAGCUGCUCACUCCGGUGAUUCCGCAGUUGCAGAACCUGUCGCGGGAAGGUGAAGCCGGGCGCGUCAAGAUGAACCGCAUCACCCACUGGGGGACGGUUCCCAUUGCCAUCGCCCAGGCGUUCGCGCAGAUGGUGCUCCUGCAACAGGCGGGGGUACUCGCCAACGUCGGGUUCGCCGGAGACUCUCUCCUGCCGACAAUGGCCGCCGUCCUAUCCCUGACCGCCGGCACCAUGUUCCUGGUCUGGCUGGGAGAACUGAUCACCGAGCGCGGCAUCGGCAACGGCAUCUCGCUCAUCAUCUUCGCCGGCAUCGUGGUGGGGUUCCCGGGGCUGCUGGCCACCAGCUUCCUGGACCGCGACAACAUCAUCGGCGUGUUUUUCUUUGCCCUGAUCGGGCUGCUGAUCAUCGCCCUGAUCGUGGUGUUCAACGAGGCGCACCGCCGCAUACCGGUCCAGUACGGCCGCAGCAUUUUCAGAGGCGGGCAGAUGUACCGCCAGUCGGGGUCCACGUACAUCCCGCUGCGUAUCAACUCGGCCGGCAUGAUCCCGUUGAUAUUCGCGUUCUCCAUCGUGAUCCUGCCGGGGACCGUGGCCCAGUACCUCAGUUCCGCCGGUGGAUUUGUCGGCAACAUUGCCGAUAACCUGCAGGUUGCCCUCAGUCCCAGCGGCCCCAUCUACUGGGUGCUGGCGUUCGUUCUGGUGGUGGCGUUCACCUUCUUCUACACGCUGGUGGUGUUCCAGCAGCAGAGCAUCGCCGAAAACCUGCAGCGCAACGGAGGGUUCGUUCUGGGCAUCCGGCCGGGCCGGCCCACCCAGGAUUACCUCAACCGGGUAAUCAUCCGCCUCACCAUGGGCGGCGCGCUGUUCCUUGGCUUCAUCGCCAUCGUGCCCUACAUUGCAUCCCUGGUCACCAAUGUGGAAGCCAUCGCGCUCAGCAGCACGAGCCUCCUGAUCAUGGUCGGCGUGGGCCUGGACACCCUGCGGCAGCUGGAAGCCCAGCUCAUGAUGCGCAAUUACGAGGGGUUCCUGAGAUGA